AUUGAAGUGUUCCGCCUCCAUGAAUGUUUUACAUAAAUUUCAGUUUAUCUCAAAAACUGCUAAUAUAAAUCCAUCAAGAUUUAAAUGAAAUAGAUGAUUUCGUUGUAUUUUCUCAAGGAGUUGAAUAUAAAAAAUGCUGAGAACGUCUUAAGAUUUUAAUGCUUCUUGUUGGUAGAAGAGAAUGGAUAUAGAAUGUAGAAAUAUUCCAAUACAUUCACCAAUAAUACCUUGGAGUUACUCAAUAUGUUGGACAAUGCAGGAAAUUAUUCCCGGAUUAUUCUUAGGACCUUAUUCGGUUGCCUUAAAGAACUGCCGUAACCAACUAUUAGAUCAGGGAAUUACUCACAUUAUAUGUGUUCGUCAACCGAUAGAAGCUCACUUUGUUAAACCACAUUUUAAUGAUGCAAUUUUUACAUAUUUAAUAUUAGAUAUUGUGGAUAUGGCCACAGAAAACAUCAUCCGAUUUUUUCCUAAAGUAAAACAGUUUGUAGAUGAUGCUCUUUCUAAAAAUGCUAAAGUUCUGAUUCACGGCAAUACGGGUACUUCGCGAAGUGCCACUCUCGUUCUUGCUUAUAUUAUGGAAAAAUUGGGACUUACCUGCAGGGAUGCGUUCAUGCUAGUAAAGGAAAGGAGGGCUUGUAUUAAACCAAAUGAGGGAUUUUUUGCUCAACUGAUCGAAUACGAACCAAUUUAUAAGGCUAAACAAAUUUUCGAACGUGGAGAGUCUUCCUCUGAUCAUCAACGGCACAAGCGUAAAAGUGAGCAUCUUACUGAAAUUGUCGAUGUCGAUUUAAUUCAACCCCCGUCGAGUCCCGUAAACGGAGAUCACGAAGAUAUAUCGAUGAAAGAAUUAGAAAUCUACUGUAGACAAUUCAAUUUGUUAUGAUAACUAGUUCAAUUUUAGUGACAAUUUGUGAUGAAUUUCAGGUGUAUCUCGAUGUACAUAGUUACAUAUUUUUUUUGAAA